CUCCCUUCCUCCUCCUCCUCCUCCUCCUCCUCCUCCUCUCCCGUGUGUCUGUGUCGCCGGGUCUGCAGACAGACACUGAUCAGACAGACAGGGACACGGAUAUUAUUCUGGUUCCGGUUCUGCUCCACGGCGGUGGAAAAUAAUCGACCAUCCCCACGGAGCCAUGUCGUCCAAAUGCCCCAGAUGCGACAAGACGGUGUAUUUCGCUGAGAAAGUGUCAUCUCUGGGUAAGAACUGGCACCGUCCCUGUCUGCGCUGUGAGAGGUGCAGUAAAACUCUGGCUCCAGGAAGUCACGCUGAGCACGACGGUCAGCCUUACUGCCACAAACCCUGCUACGCUGUGCUGUUUGGACCCAAAGGUGUCAACACUGGGGGCGUGGGCAGCUACAUCUACGAUGACCCUGAAGGGGAAGUGCAGCCUUGAGCUGCUGGCCAUGACAACCUCCCUCCACCUCCACCUCCACCUCCACCUCCCCCUCCAAGUCCAACGAGGUCCACAUUUGAUUGUUAUGACUUUUCUUAUGAACAGAACUCGACCUUCAUUUUCAAAUCUGACCCAGAACAAUCUGAAAUGAGAUACGUAUAUGUCUGAUGUUUGACCACAGUCUUUGACAAAGUCCGACUUUGAUGGAAAUAACCUGGCAGACCCAGAAUAUGGUGCUGGGGAGGGGCCCAAAACAGCUGUCUUUAGACCCAUGACAAAGAAACCACAAAUGAUGGACGAGUUUUGUACUUGAACUCCCAAACUGAUGAACAAAUAUGAGGUGUCCAGUUUUAAUGGUGUAAAAACAGCAUGUGGCCACUUCAGAGUGGGCCACCUCAGGGUUGAAGGUUGUUUUCACUUAAACUUUUAACUUCUCAUGUCAACAAAGAGGCAAAAAGGUCCAAGUUGGGCUGUGAGAGGUGUAAAAGUAGUGGACGGGUUGGAUAUUUGGUCCUUAUUCUUAUUUUUGUACUUUGUUUAUGAAACACAUUUUACAUUUUUUGUACCUAUAAAACGCCUUUGGUUUUCUUUCGCCAAAUCCUUGUUAGCCUUUCACACAGUCAUUCUAAAAACCUGAUUGGUAAUUUGUGCACUUAAAACGAAGUAGAACAUAUAGUUCUAAUACACUCAUCUGUGUACUGUACUUCCAGCCACAGUACCAGGAACGUUCGGUUACAGGAACCAUUUGCAAAGAACUUUAAGUUUCCUUUCAGUGUCUGCAGCACUUCUUCAACACAACAUCUGGAACUUUUAGUGACAGGAACCAUUUUAACUCCUCCAACGUGUCGACCACCGCUGGUCAAAUAUCUACUUAUACUGAGUGUUGAACACCUAACCUGUGAUUCACUUCUGUGGAUUCAGAGAUGUCUAUUUGGACUAAAGUCGAUAAUUCAACAUCUGACUCCAGCCUUUUUCUAUUUUUAUUUCUUUCUUUUUUCUUUUGUUUGUCGCUGAUUUGUUUUGUUUCUGUUUUACUGCCUACGGUAAAACGUCACUGCGAGAUGCAUUAGACCACGCCCAUUACCGGAAUUAGAGCGCCUCGGGCGUAUAAAAUGUGUCAAGUUGCACACAGAGGAACCAUGUAAGAGGAAAAGGUCUCUACAAAAUAAUGGCACUGAAACGCGUAUCAUAGAAAUGAUUUAAAUACCGCAAAACAACUUUCUAAUGAUAAAGUUGGAUUUUUGUUGUUUCUUUUCGGGGGACAAAAAGCAUUUUUAUUAGUUCAUAUUCACCUGUCAUGCUUGUUUAAGGAACAUUUAAAAUAAUUUACAAGGUGAUUUCAUCAACGCUUUUACCGUCUUUAAUAAUAAAGAUAGUUCGCCAAA